AUGGCGGCGGCACCACGAGCGGCGCCUCGCCUACCCGAGGUGCUACGUCCCCCCCUGCCGGAGCAAAGGCCCGGCGUCGCCCGGCGUGCCGUGGGCUCCUCGCUUCGCACCGGCAUGCUGCUUGCUGUUUGCUCUUUCUGUUUGAGGAACGUGAUUUGUGGCUGUAGCGGUGACGCUUCAAACACUAUACGAGCAGCGCAUGUGGAGACCCAACGUUCAAGCACCACGGAAGGCAGUGCCUAUUCAGCAACAGUCAGUCAGGGCUAUGUUUUACCAGAAGGAAAAAUCAUGCCCAACACAGUCUUUGUUGGUGGAAUUGACAUAAGGAUGAAUGAAGCAGAAAUUCGGAGUGUCUUUGAACAGUAUGGUACUGUGAAGGAGGUGAAGGUCAUCACUGACAGAACUGGUGUUUCGAAGGGGUAUGGAUUUGUGUCUUUCCUGGACAAUGUGGAUGUUCAAAAGAUAGUUGAGUCACAAAUCAACUUCCAUGGUAAAAAGCUGAAACUGGGGCCAGCAAUCAGAAAACAACAAAACUUAAAUUCCUGUGUGCAUCCCAGACAAAUAGUUCUUGGUCCUCCUCCACCACAGUUCCAGAGCGUGUGGAGUAAUCAGAGUAUGGAGACAUAUGUGCAGCCUCCAGCUGUCAUGAACCCAGUAACACCGUAUGUUCAGCCCUAUCCAUACAGUUCAUCACCAGCUGUACUGCUAAAGCAGCAAGUUCCCAUAGGAUAUCAACCAGCUUACAACUAUCAGGCUCAACCACAGUGGCUUGCUGGGGAGCCAAGAAAUUAUGUAAUACCUCCAACUCCGGUGUAUACUUCAGUGAACUAUCAUGGCUCUGAGGAUCCAGGAUUUAUACAGAUGGAAUGUGCUGUUCCAGAGCCCACACAGUUGCCUAGCAGCCCACAAAAGAAGUCUGUGGACAGGGGCAUGCAAACAGUACUAUCCUGUCUGUCUAAUCCUGAGAACCAGCUGACAAAUGACUUUGUAUCACAAGACAGCAAUGUAAAGGAGGGUAAGACAUACCACUUGAGAAAAGGAAAGACAGUACACAAAGCCAUUUGA